AUGAUAUGGCAGAACUACAGUUUUGCUGAAGAUUGUAAUAGAAACUGGGGACGAGCCAGCAGCAUGCGCUGGGCGACGGACUUUGGUCUUGGCCAAUCACCAGAGCACAGCAGACGUCCCCAUGUUGAUGGCUGCUUGGAACCCUCGCCCUGGUGUCCUGCCCAAUCUGAUGUGGAUCAUGGACAGGAUAUUCAAGUUCACGAAUUUUGGAAUAGUCAGCGUACUGCACGAGGACUUCUUCAUACAAGCGCUAAGUAUUCCUCACCUUUAUGUUUGGAGAAAAUGGACAAAAUGUACACCUGA